AAAUAAUAAUGCUGCUUCCCACAGCCAUCGCCGCCGCCAGGCCACGGCCACCGAUUGGCUGCCUCGGCUCACAUGACCAGGAAUUGGCUGCAAUUUCGUCCCAUAGUUGUUCAGUUUAGCUUACCCAGGUCCCCAUACGCUAGUAAUAUCACCAAUAUACACAAUUAUUAUAUAGCCACCGCAUUUACGCCACUGCGGUCGGGAGCCUUCACGCUCGUGCGUUUUUUUUCAUUUCUUUUUAUUUUUUAAGAAGCCAUAUUGUGUAGUGUGCGUGAGCGGCGUGCGUGUUUAUGUGUCUUGUUGUGUUUUUUUUAUUUUGGGGAAGGGAUUGUUCGGGGGUCUCGUCGUUUGAGGGUGAAACCGGUUGGAGGGAGCUAUGAAUUUUGAAUUCGAAAGGGAGAUCGGUUUUAUAAACAGCCAGCCAUCCCUAGCAGAGUGCCUGACGUCCUUCCCCGCCGCCCUGGAGUCAUUUCAAACUUCAUCAAUCAAGGACUCGACAGUAAUUCCGCCUCCCUUCGAGCACACCAUCCCCAGCCUCAGCCCCUGCACAGCCAGCCAGCCGAGACCGGCUGCGAGGAGCCAGCAGAACCGGAGAAGCUCUGCCACUAAUGGCCUCCAGACGCACCACCGAGGCGCCCAGCAGCCCGGACCGCCGGGGCAGGCCCCCGGCCCGGUCACGGCGACCCCGGCCGGUCCGAUGGCCCACGAGUUUCCCUGGAUGAAGGAGAAGAAGUCGUCCAAGAAGUGCUCUAAGCCUGGGGGCAGUUCCGGCGGUGGCGGAUCCAUCAUCCCCCCCGCCUCGUCCUCCCCGUCGCCGACCGCCUCCGGGUACCCAUCGGCGGGCAUCGAGUCACCCACAGGUCGACCCGAGCCAGGCGGGUCUGGAUGGUGGAGGAGCCGGUCCCGACGGCUGCGCACCGCGUACACCAACACGCAGCUGCUGGAGCUGGAGAAGGAGUUCCACUUCAACAAGUACCUGUGUCGGCCCAGGAGGGUGGAGAUCGCGGCCCUUUUGGAUCUGACCGAGCGGCAGGUCAAAGUUUGGUUCCAGAACCGGCGCAUGAAACACAAGCGCCAAACGACGCACCACAGAGACGGCGGUGGAGGCCACGAAUCCAGCGACCCGGGCGGGUUCGAGCCGCUGGAAGGCGCCGAUGCCUCGUCUCCGUACUCGAGCCAGCCGCUGGAGGCAUCUGGUACGGGGGAGGCUACACUGGAGGGCGAGAGGGUCAGCGGCGAUCCAUCUUCGGCCGCCGCCUACGCUAGUGACAGCGCGGACAAUGCACAGCCCACCGGGGAAGGAGGCCGUUCGAGCCGCCCCGAACGCCCACCGCUGCCCGGGGAAUCGGGCUCCUCCGAGGUCGCCGCCACUCACCAUUCCCCGCCGCCGUUCCCCACCACGAACUCCGCCGACCACCCGGGCCUGGCGGUGGAGCUGAGCGAGGCCGGGCCCGCAGCAGCAGCAGCAGCCGGGGCCGCGUCCGACUCGUCUUUCUCCGAGCAGCGGCACAUCUCCAUCACCUCCUCCUCCGGCUCCUCUGCUGCCUCCGCCGCCUCCUUAUCAUCCGCGCUCCCCGACCUCGCCUUCUUCGCCGGGGACCCGUGCCUGUCGCCCAGCCUGCAGAGCUCCCUGGACAGCCCGGUGGAUUUCUCCGAGGAGGACUUCGACCUGUUCACGAGCACACUGUGCACCAUAGACCUGCAGCACCUCAACUUCUGAGAGCGGCUGCAACACCGAACAAUUCAAACUCUAGAAAUAACAAGAACGAAUUAAAGCGAGGACUGGACGGUCCGGCCUGCGGAGGACGCAGCACUCGACGAGGACUCUGUUGUUUAAAAAGAUCAAAGCUUCUCGGCCACAUUCCUGAAA